GUAAAAAUAUAGAGUUUAUCUCUCGUAAAGUAUUUAGUUGUAAGAAGCUGUUAGUGAGGAAGUCUGCAUUGUUUGUCAAUGGCCCAAAAGCAAGUGAAACAUUUGUCUUUGUGACUCCUCAUGUUGACAUACCAGAACUGGUCAAACAAAAGUUUAUCAUACAGGAACAAUUGGUAAAUAGACAAGCAAAUAUUGAUUUCCAGAAGGUGGAGAAUCUUUGGGCUGUAUAUGAAGAAUUGAAGAAACAGAAAUCAGAUUAUGACAAAAAGAAAGCAGAGAUUUCUCAGGAAUUAGGAAAAUUAAUAAAGAGUGAGCCAGAUAGUGAUGUUACUAAAAAGUAUAAAAUACAGAGUGAUUUGGUCAAAGAAAACAUAAAAAAGUUAAAGGUACCUUUAUGGGCUGCUGAAGAAGCUGUUAUGCUUGAAGUAUUAAAACUACCAAAUACUUUACAUGAAAAAACACCACUUAAAGAGUAUCAGGUCAUACAUAGUCACAGUUCCACCCCAAAUAAUAAUAAAGACCAUUUGAAAAUUGGCAGAGAAAAGAACCUAAUUAAUUUUAAGAAGAAUGAAAACUACUACCUAACAGGGGAUGCAGCUAUAUUUGAGCUUGGGGCAAAAUUUUACUUCAACAAUGUUUUAAGAAAUAGUAAUUUCAUUCAGUUCUCCAACCCUGACUUUGUGAAGAGUGUAAUUGUGGAGGGUUGUGGGGAAGACCACACCGACCCAGACGCUACAUUUAUUCUGCAUCAUAAUGAGGAUACUAAAGUGAAUCCUGACAGCAGGCUGCAUUUGACUGGAGGGGCUUCGCUCUGCUCAUUUUUUGCAUAUCAUGCUAAAAAUGUUUUGUUUGCAAAAUCCUUGCCACUAAACUAUUUUUCCAUGGGCCGUCAAUACAUACCAUCACCGACUGAAGAGGACAACUUAUUCCAUGUCAGCCAGGCCUCUGUGGUGCAAAUCUUCAAUGUUACUAAAGGUUCUAAAGAAUGUGAUGUAUCCCGUGGCAGAAUUAUAGAAAUUCUCAAGGAUGCCUACACCAAACUUGGUUAUCAUUACAGGAUAGUCUUAGUUCCAGCUCAUGAGCUAGCCCUGUGGGAAUCACUAAGAGUAGUGAUAGAGAUGUACUCCAGUUCUAUGAAGAAAUAUGUGAAUGUUGCUGAGAUCUCUGUCAGUGGGGACUUCAUAAGCAAGAGGCUCAUGUUAACUUACACUGAAAAUAAAGAGUCUAAAUUUCCUCACAUUAUUUCUGGUACAGUUCUAAAUGUACCAAAAUUAUUAGCCUGUGCCAUAGAACAAGAUUCUGAAUUUUCAAUUCCUGAUAUGUUUAAAAUAGAGAAUUGGUCAAUGAAAAGUUAG